AUGUUUUCCGAAUUUACUUUCACAUUAAUAUACAAUGGUCUUAUACAACUUGGUUCACAAAUAUUUUUCUUUGCUAUUGGUUGGGUGUUUCUAGUAAAAAAACUAUUCAAAGACUAUGAAUCUUCAAUCGAUAGACAUGACGCCCAAGUCGUCCAAGCAAUAUUUUCACUUACUUUCAGUGCUAGUUGUGCAUUAUUUGAAUUGAUAAUUUUUGAAAUCAUGGACGUUAUGCAUAAAGAUUCAAGAUGGACCACCGACAAAAAUUAUUCUUCACAAAAUGCCGUAAACCAAGGCGACGCGUUUAUACAAUUUGGAAUGAGUCGUGUAGGUGUAAUAGGUGUCACCAUUAUGGCAAUAUUAUCAGGAUUUGGUGCCGUAAACAUCGUAUACUGUAGACAAGUCAAAGAUUCAGAUAUUCAAGCUGCUGAGAAGAAAUAUAUUCAAACAUUGGAUAUAAUUAUGAGUAAGAAGAAACGUAUAUUGAUUUCACAAGUUCGUCAAAGAGGUGUUGCUGAGCAAAGUUCAAGAGUAGGUGGAUUUGUGCGAAAGAUGUUUAAUACAGUAACAAGUGGUAUGGGAAUGGGUAGCGAGAACAUAGGAAUGUUGAGACAAGAAAUUUCUGGUCUUGAAAAUCUUAGUCGUCAACUAUUUUUAGAUAUUGAAGAUUUAUAUCAAGAGAGGGCAACCAUAAAUAUUAUUUUCUUCCGGAUAGGAAAAACUGAUCCAAUAACUUAUGGUUUAACAUUAGCGAUACGAUACAUUAAUAUUGAUAUAAAUGUUGAUUUUUGGUCUCAACAGUUAAGCUUCUUUCUUGUUGGAUUAAUGAUUAUAUUUUCAAUUCGUGGAUUAUUGAUUCAAUUACUUAAAGUUUUUAGAGCAUUUUCCAAUUCUGUAUCAAGAAACAAUAUUGUUCUUUUUUUGGCUCAAAUCAUGGGAAUGUAUUUUUUAAGUUCCUUAUUAAUGAUGAGAAUGUCACUACCUGUUAUAUAUAGAAAUAUAAUAUCAAGUCUAUUAGGAUCAAUUGAAUUUAAUUUUUAUUAUCGAUGGUUUGAUGUGAUAUUUCUUGUGAGUGGGUUAGCAAGUGCGGUACUUCUAUAUUUCGUUCAUCAAGCAAAUAAUAGUAAUGUCAUGUUCUCCACUUCUACCAUAUCUACUGGAACAUCUCCAAUUUCUAGUAUAUCAAGUGGAUAUUCUCCGGUUAUGUCAUCUCCUGUUACACCAAUUGGUGUUGGUAGUGAUAAUAAUAGUCAGAAAAUGGGUGAACGGGAUUAUAGAUGGUCUAAUAGUGGGUUACAUCAUCGAGGAGGAAGUUAA